AAUGAAUUAAAUAAAAGGGAAAAGUAAAUAAAAAGCAGCUCGUCUUCGAAGUCUUUUACCAAACCCAAACCGGAGCGAGGAGAGCAGCAAGAAUUCCCCGCCGCAGCCGCCAUGUCGGGAGGGAUCGCGCGCGGCCGCCUCGCCGAGGAGCGCAAGGCCUGGCGCAAGAACCACCCCCACGGGUUCGUGGCGAGGCCGAAGGCGCUGGCCGACGGGUCGGCGAACCUCAUGGUCUGGAACUGCACUAUCCCCGGCAAGCAGGGGACUGAUUGGGAAGGUGGGUACUACCCUCUUACCCUUCAUUUCAGUGAGGACUACCCUAGCAAACCUCCCAAGUGCAAGUUCCCACAAGGUUUUUUCCACCCAAAUGUCUAUCCUUCAGGAACAGUUUGCCUUUCAAUUCUCAACGAGGAUAGCGGUUGGAGACCUGCUAUCACUGUUAAGCAGAUUCUAGUUGGAAUACAGGACUUGCUUGAUCAGCCUAAUCCAGCUGAUCCUGCACAGACUGAUGGUUACUACCUUUUCAUCCAGGAUCCGACGGAAUACAAGAGACGUAUUCGUCUGCAGGCCAAGCAGUAUCCUGCUCUGGUCUAACGAUGUUGUGUAUACUAGAGAUAAAUGAUCCAUCCUGCACAUCCGUUUAGUAGUUGCGACAUCUUAAAUUAUGCAUCUGAAUAUGAAUUUGACAAGAUAUAAGAUCUUUGGAGAACUGCCCAGUGUAAACUUGAACCUUUUGUGAUGUGUGGGUCCGGCAUUGGCUUAACAAAAACCAGUUCUGUAACUUCUGUAAGUGUUGGAGUGAUAUUUUGAUGACAUUGAACUUAAUUUUUUCCAUGAUAACUGCUUUUGUGUUAUUAAAAAAAUGUAUAUGCCUGGGAGUUACAUA